GCUCUAAAUGUUGUGUCCUCUCUUCUCCGCUUCACACCUCACCAGAAGAUAACGGGGACAGGAUGCGAGCGCAAUAUCGGCCGAACUCGAAUUUGGAUUUACUUGUGAACGUGGACAUACAUGGAUAUUUAAUCGCGUUGUAGAAGACGAUGUUGUGUUGGUCAAGACGAGAUACAUCUUAAGGUCUGCGGUGACUCCGGCCAGCUAACCCCCUGUCUGCCAGCACAACCUUUGAAGUAGGUGUGAAUGCCAUGAGCCAAUAAAUAGAAUCACCUUCCUCAAAAGAAGCUGCCACCUCACUGCUAACAAGGCCAGAAGACCCUGUCUGCCAUGGGGAACCAGCUGACGGAAAUUGCUCCUAACACUCCCUUCCUGCCAAACUUCCAGUGCUUGCAUGUGGUGGUCAUCGGCCUCGACGCCGCAGGCAAGACCUCCCUGCUGUACCGUCUGAAGCUGAGCGAGUUUGUGAAGACAAUCCCCACCAAGGGCUUCAACACAGAGAAAAUCAAGGUCGCGGUGGGCAACUCGCGCGCCAUCACCUUCCAGGUGUGGGACGUGGGCGGCCAGGAGAAGCUCCGCCCGCUGUGGAAGUCGUACACGCGGCGGACGGACGGCAUGGUCUUCGUGGUGGACUCCACCGAGGCCGAGCGCAUGGAAGAGGCCAAGGUGGAGCUGCACAAGAUCACCCGCACUUCGGAGAACCAGGGGGUUCCGGUGCUCCUGCUGGCCAACAAGCAGGAUUUGACGUCUGCGCUGUCGGUGGCGGAGGUGGAAAAGGUGCUCGCCCUCCACGAACUGAGCGCCUCCACCCUGCACCACACGCAGGGCUGCAGCGCAGUCGACGGCCAGGGCCUGCAGCACGGCCUAGAGAAACUGUACGAAAUGAUUCUGAAGAGAAAGAAGAUGGUCAGACACAGCAAGAAGAAGAGAUGAACUAUCUUCUAUGGGCAGGGAUACCUGCAGAGUCAACCUUUUUUUAAAACUGUCGAAGCCCAGCUAAGGUUCCUUUCAGAAAGAGGGAAUCUGGUGCAAGUGGCCAAACAAAGGAACACUUUCAGAUGACCCCAGGGUCAGGAGAAAUGGAUUUGUCCUUUAUGUGACAUGCAGUAUUGAACCUCCUUCUUCUGUAGCUAGUGUUUGCGGUGCAGCCGUUCUUUGUAUCUAAGGAAUAUGUGAAUGCUCGAAUAGGCUGUAGCAUCAACAGAAGUUAGCCCAGCACCAACAAGUCUGACAGACUUAUUUUAUUUUCCUUUCUACCAAACAGCUGCAUUGAGGAUAAUAGCUUAGAGAGAUAAUGGUUUUGCAGAAUCACAAGAAUAAUAAAACCACGUCAGUUCCCUUGGCUGUCUGAAAAGAUAACACAACUCAUUGGUUUGAGGCUGAAUGCCAGCACUGGUGUAUAAUGUGAGCCGCCACCAAGGUACUGUUUGUUGUUGUAGAUGUGGACUUAAUGCCAGAGGUAAAAUCCUGUCCAGUCACAGCUUGAGUUGUAUUUAAGAUAGCCAACUGUUUUUACAAUCUGUAAAUAUUUUGUAAUGCUUAUGAAUAAAUAAAUUAUUGAAGCCUUUGACAUAAGUACCACUUGAAAUAUCAUUUGGCAGUUAUUUCUAGAUAUAGGCACACUCAUACACAUGUAGGUUAAUGGCGCAAAUGAGGAUGAGGCUAAACUCAUUGCUGUUGAGUCGACAGUAGUUUUGAAGGACAGCUCACCAAUGGGUAAAAAAGAUAGUUGGGCAAGUUGUUUAAAUCAGAAUAAAUCACAAUGGAAACUCACUGAAAAAACACCAAAGCAUUAAGAAGAAUGAUUUAAAACAGCAUAUUCUAUGCUAUAUUACAUCUUUGACAUUCAUAUCUUCUUAUCACUUUAUAUUUCUUUCUAACCAAAAGUAUAAAGCAUAUAGUUUCACCAUGGGAAGUAUGCUUGAUGUAUCAAUAGCAGUUUCAUGUAAUCCUUUGCAUUUUACAAUAAAGGAAGUAAACAUUUUCCCUCCA